AUGUCGGUUCGACGCUGGAUGGUGGCGUUUGCUGGUGUGCUGGUGUUCGGAGCAUUUGUCUCGGGGUUCCGACAGGAGAACAGUUUCACGGUAUCCUCGAUGGUUUCCUUUCUCGAUCAUGUGCUCUGGCAAGCCGCGGAACACUCGAUCGAAACGUGUACCUUUGUGGGUACGAACGAAUCCUUUCUGCAGGAAGUGAUUGAUCAGCUGGCAGUGGCCAAUCGUUCCCCGUUGGCGAUACCCAUAUUUAACAACCUGCUCCCGAAGGCGGUACCCCGGAAGCAGCUAGUGAUUGCGGCCGGCGAUGACAUCGAUAGCCUUAUGGGGUCCUUGGUGAAAGCAUUCCCAUAUCAGAAACCGAGCUUCUUGUCCGAAAACAGCCGCAACAUUUACGCGAUAUUAGUGCUCUCCGAUAUGCGCCACUUACAGUCCAACCGGUUCAUUUUGAUGAGAUCUUUCUUCGGUUCCGACACAUUCCUCAUUGUAACACCUCCACCGACCAAGUUCCAGUCAAUCCUCGUGACUGCCAACGACUACGCCGGACGAUUAGUAAUUCUCCAGCCGAACGAAUCCUUUGCCACGUUAUUCGCGGAUCGUUUUGCGUCCCGUGAUCUUCCGAGGAUCUAUCUGUUGGCUCAGGAUACGUGGACGAGAAUAUGGCAAAACGAGGCCGGAUUUCCGGCCGGUCCGGACUGGAGUGUUUUUCACGCGAUUCUGGAACACUUGAACGUCCGGUGGCAUAUCGCGUUCGUACCGCAGUUACCCUCCGAACAGGCCAUCGCAUGGAUUAAUGAUCAACUCGAUGGGGAUAUGGUGCACAUCUUCAUUAACCGUGGCUUUCGACCGGAUGACCGCUCCGUAGCGCACAUGUUGCCGGAGAUGGCCGGUGUCUGUCUGGUGGUACCACGAACGGCAAUGUUUAACAUCCUUCACCAUUUGCUAAAACCAUUCCGGUCGACCUCCUGGCUCGUGCUGGCGGUGCUAAUGCUCGUAGGAACGUUGCUGACCAAUCGCUACUUCCCGCACACGCUAAUCGAUGCACUCAUCUUUGUGGUGCCUCUGGACGCACCCAGAGUAACACGCACCGAACGAACCGCACUGUUCGCUAGUCUGUGUCUGUUCUUCAUCCUGUCCGAAGCAUACCAGGCCAAACUGGUAGCACACAUGACCUCGUUCCGCUAUCCGCCGGAUCCGCGUACGAUAGAUGAGUUUCUGCAAACCGACAUCAUGCUGCAGGUGACCGGAGUGACGGCCGAAGCGUUAAUGGCACGUCCGGACUUUCGAGAACACUUGCAAACGAUGCCAAUUGACCGGAUCGAUUACAAGCUCGAUGGUACCUGUCCGUUCGGGGUACUGUUGCAGUGUACUGCUGCCCGGGCACUUCUGGAACAGGAGCUCAGGGAUCAGUAUGAACGGCAUGGUCACAUCAUACGACCACCGGUGCAUAUCGUCGAGGAGAAGCUGAUGACGGUCGGGAACUUUUACUCGUUCUCCAACUACUUUCGGUUGUAUCCGCUGUUUCGGCGCUAUCUGGUGCAACUGUUCGAAAGCGGACUGGUUGGAUAUUGGGAAAGGCGCGACAGUUGGCCAUGGGAUCGUGAUCAGGGGUUACGGUUUGUCGAAAGCAAUAUCAUUACGUUCAACGAUCUGCUUAUGGUGUGGGCUAUGCUUGGUAUUGGGCAUGGAGUAGCCAUCGUUCUGUUUGUGCUGGAGCUGGUUGUGCAUGCCACGAAACGAAUAUUUCAAUCAGGUAGACCGAUCAGAGUAGUACACGUGGCGACGGGACUGCGUAGCUUCCAGGAACUCCAGAAGCAAAUUCGGAGCAAAAAGAUACCGCGAGUCAGCUUGUCUUACCAGCAGCACCAGUACGAUCGUUGA